AUGCCGCUCAAAUUCAUCCGGCGCUUCGAACGACGGGGCUCUGACCCUGUGCUGCAGCUUGCUGUGUCUCUGACUGCACUCACUAGAGACCUAGCUGAUAUGGCCUGCUUUCCGCCUGCAGCCGCCGUCGUUGGUGUCGUUCUCCUCAUGCUUGAUACCGUGCAGACUAUUCAAGUCAACAAAGAAGGGUGUCAUCGUCUCGCAAGACGGUGUGCGCGUAUUUUGCUCGACAUCAACGACCAAAUGCUGGGACGAUGGGACACUGCCCCGUCAUCUCUUGUCAAAAACUUAUCGCGGCUGGAAGAAACUGUCGAAGCAAUACAUAAAUUUAUGAAGCAAGCAGCGUCAGCAUCAUGGAAGAAGCGCUUUCUUCAUAAAACCGAAAUUGAGACUGCGUUAGCGAAUUACCAUGAGAAUCUGGACGAUGCUGCAAGGGCCUUCCAGAUGGCCAGCCUUAUUGAAAUACAUUAUGCGGUCGGGGCGAAGACGACUACGACCAGAGAAGCACAACCUUCCCCAAUGCCAACUCAACUUCCCAUCCCAACUGUUCAGUCUCCUGAGUUGUCUUCGCAAAGUCCAAGUCAAACCAAAUCAGCUGAACUUUAUGUGGUCGAUGAGGAGAUAUACUCGGCUCAAGUCUUGGAAGAGCAGGGAUUCAAAAGAUAUCAUCAAUCAGAUAUAGUCUUACAGGGGAGAGUUGCUUCACAUGAGGCCACGGACGGUUGGUGGUCUGGUACGAGCGAAGCACGAGUGAACGGAUCCACCCAUACCUCGUUGAUAAAGCGGUAUGAAGGGCCGCGAGCCCUUGCAAGAGAAGAAUGGACACGAGAUAUCAAGACAUUGCAAAAACUCUACCACCCAAAUUUACCGCAGUUAAUGGGUUAUUCGACUGAAGAGGCUCCAACGCCCUUCAUUCUUCUCUCCAAUGUUCGAACGCGGUCACCCGAAGCGUUUCUUCUCGGCUCGUUACGGCGGGAUGGAGUAGCAAUCUGCAUCGAACACAUGCUACGAUUUUAUUCGGAUGUUGUGAAUGCCACCCUCUACUUGAAGGAUCAGCUUCAGCUUUCGGAAGAAGCGGCACAAGAUUUUCUUGAGAAUUCAUCGUAUCGAGUCGAUGCGUUUAACAAUGUGGUCGUGGGUCUUCCCAUUCAAGAUCGCGCAGUCGUAACCUACCGUUCAUAUCGUCUGAACGAGAGUUUACGCAGUGUUAUCUUGCGCAUGCUGCCCAAUCAGGGUAUCGUUCGAUAUCGUCAAGACAAUGCCGUCGUCAAAGAAGACCCGACAUGGCAGUUGACUCAACUGACUGCCUUGGUUUCCUCUCUACUUCCUGGUCCCGCACAACCACCUGGACUCUCUUCUCAGCUUCAACAAACCAUAAGAUCAAACGACCUUGCGGAAUUGGCGCCAACUUUACGUCAGUUCCGGCAACUGAGUCUUGAUUCGGACUCGCAUGGGUACAUGUGGAACAAGAAUUCGUCUAUCCCAGCCCAUAAAUUUACUGUGGGUGAUCUGGGUUACGUCCCAACUGGGAAGGACUGGGACGAAUUCGUUCGGCUGGGCAACCUAUAUACAGAUGGGUUGGCUAAUUUCCCAUUACAAUCGAACGCAUACGGGACGCAGUGGUGUUGGAAAGACAGGCCGAUGCAGCGCAGCGCGUUGCAAUCCUUUAAUCCAUCACAAGGCGUAGAAUGCUGGCCGGUCGCAGUCCCUCUGGGAGCCCAGAUGGAUUGUGAGAUCGUCCACGAAUUGAGGCUAGUGCGGAUGGAAUGUGGCUGGGAAUUUUUGCUCGACAAGGCGGUUGAACUGGGCAAGAAAUGGGACAUUUCCCCAGAAUCACUUGUGUUGAUAACGCAGGCUGGAAUGAGCCAAUCAUUUGCGAUCAACGAUUUUGGCGGAAACUUACAACAAAACAUGCGCAAUAAUUUGAACAGGUUUCCUACCGCUGGACGGGGAAAUCACUUCUUACCUGGACAGCGCCCCAGUAUUCCCAAAGUCAAUUACCUGUUCACAGCGGAUCGAAGUGACUUUGAGCCAUACUGGUCACACCAACCCGUAUUUACGCCCCAACCGCCCGUGCUGGAUCGUGGUUGGACCGGUAGAAUGGGCUGGAGGACUGGAUUCAUCAAUUGGGCUCAAUUGCAUGAGGAGGAUUUCGUCCACACCGACCCCGCCACCGCCAUCGAACUAGACCCCUUCACUAGCGCUCGUCGAGCAUCCAGCUUGGGAGUUGAGAUGCAUUCAGACGCUUUCGAUGUUAUCCCCUAUGCGGAUAUCAAAGGUGAAUGGAAGAAACUGGGUGCAGGGUCGUUUGGGAAUGUCUACAAGGGCAACUACCUCGGCAUCGAUGUCGCUAUCAAAGAAGUGCUUCCGUCCAACGAAUAUGACGUGGCCAAGUACUUCGAGCGAGAGUGGAGGCUGAUGAAAGAAACCCGACAUCCUAACUGCUGUCUCUAUAUUGGUCUUUCCCGUGCGCCAGAGCCCGAUAACCGCAUCUAUAUCAUCUCAGAGUUCAUCGAGAAUGGCAACCUGCGGGUCUACAUUCACGACAAGUCCAAACCAUUCCCAUGGCGUCUUCGACUCUCUUUUGCGACCGAUAUUACCCGAGCUCUCGCAUAUCUCCACGCCCGCAAAUGCAUCCAUCGUGACCUCAAGGGCGAGAACCUUCUGGUCACUUCAAAUGGGCGUCUGAAACUGACCGAUUUCGGCUUUGCUCGAAUUGCUGCGCGAAAUGACGACGAGAUGAAACGACUCACUUUCUGUGGAACUGAUUCUUAUAUGUCUCCCGAGAUUCUGAUGGGCGACGAAUUCGACCUUCCAACGGACAUCUUCUCUCUCGGAAUCAUCUUUUGCGAGAUUUCCGCGCGAAGAUUGGCAGACGACGACCAUUUCAAGCGCUAUGCCCCAACCUUUGGCAUCGAUGCUGCUGAAGUCCACAAACUCGCUAGCCCAGGCUGUCCUCCGGAGUUUUUGGCUUUAGCCCUUGAUUGUCUUGCGGUUGAUCCCAAAGCUCGUCCCACAACUCGACAAGUCCUUGAACGACUCCGUGCCAUUGAAGCUGAAGUUCUCGCUCGCCCUAAUGAAGGCGAAGAACUACAUGUUGGCAGUGUUAGGCUGAUGACUAAUUCCAAACGGACUGGCGCUGGCCCUCGCAUGCCUAGUUUUGGUGUGGGGGUCGGGAAAGAUAUUCGACCAAGCACUUUGAAACACAAAUCGAGUGAUAGCGUCAGUACCACGGACGACAGCGAUGACGAGCUAAUGGAAGCCGUCAUGGGACUCUCAUCGGUUGGUGUUGGCAGCGAAUGGAGCGAAGGGACCAAUGGUCACCAACCCCUCCUCGAGAACAAUCCUUCCACAAUCUCCGACUACAGCACAACGGUUAUUCGAGCGCACCCGGGCCAAGGCUCAAGCAGCCAGUUACCCUCCCUUUCUUCGAUACUCACUGUCCGUGCAUCUCCGGAUCCAAACGAAACUCCUGUCGCGGUCCUGCCAUCAGACCCUCUGGCCGGUUCAAUCAUGUCAAUAGCAUCACUUGACUCCUACCACACCGCCCAUUCCGUAUCAGCAAUCUCAACGACAUAUGCAACCGAAGGCGGUUCGACUAUAAGGUCUCUUCACGGCAACUACACCGCUCCUCUUGUCCAUCGCUUUACUCUCAUCAAACCUGGUGCAAAGCCUAAGAAGACUGGUUCCAAUGGCUCCAUUUCCCCGAGCAGCAGUGGCGGAAACGAGGCUUCAGGAUGGAACCCACUCGAACUCUUCUUUUCCAGUGGGCUGUUGGUGUCUAAAUGUGAUAUUUGCUUGAAGAGACUUGGUUGGAAACCCAUUCUCGAAUGUGAUGACUGUGGGCUUCGUGCUCAUAUCAAGUGCGGAGAAGUAGCACCGCGAGAUUGCGGCGUACGACCCAGCCGACCAGGUUUUCACCAGUCCCCGUUGAGUGCUCUCUCCUCUCCUCUGUCCAAGGUUAAACACAGUGCGGCUACUGCUGCAGGCAGACCGAAGAGUACAAGUCCACAGAGAUAA